AUGAAUGUAGAAGAGGGUGAGGAGAAUGCUGCGCGAGCGGCCAAGAUUGAGGACUAUAUGCACGACAUGGCUCAUCACUACCCAGAUAUUGCUACGUACGAGACCAUUGGGACUUCUUCAGAGGGCCGUCACAUCUGUGCAUUAUUCAUUUCGUAUGGUGCCAAUGACAAUAAACCUUUGGUAAUUAUUGAUGGAGGCCUUCGAGCUCGGGAGUGGGUCUCCCCGAUGGUGGGAAUGUUCAUCGUACAUGAGCUGGUCGAGCAUCCGGAGGAGUACAUGGAAAUCUUGGCAGAAGUUAACUUCUUGGUGAUUCCUCUGGUGAAUCCUGAUGGGUAUGUGUACUCACAUGAAGUUGACCGAAAUUGGUUAAAAUCACGAAGCUCCAGUGGUAGCAAUUGCUAUGGCAUCGAUCUGAAUCGUAACUUCGGCUACGAAUGGGGAACUGUUGGUGGUAGUUCUGAUCCUUGCGCGGAUAACUUCUUUGGUUCAGCUGCGUUCUCGGAACCAGAAACCCAAGCUCUGCGAGAUACGAUUAGUCGCUAUAGUACUAAUUUGAAGCUUUAUCUGAGUGUUCAGGCGGCCGAUAAAAUGGUGCUUUACCCGUUUUCGUACAACGGCCUACGUACGCCGAGUAAUGUGGAUGAGCACAGAACCGUAGCUCAAUCGGUUGCCCGAGAGAUGAUGGCGAAACAUGGAUAUAUUUACACCUAUGGUGCAGCUGGAAUUUUGUUGCCGGCAGAAUCCGGAACCAUAACGGACUUUGUGGCCGGUACCUAUUCUCCUCGGUAUACGUUUGUUUUGGAAACCCGUGCUGACUACGGUUAUGAGCUGCCGGUAGCAAAGUUAUCGGAGGUAUUGUACGAAACAGCGGCCGGUUUGAAGGUUUUGGGACAAUAUGCUGCUGGCAUUCGCAGCGUUUAG